AACCAGCUGCCCUUUGCUCCCGGUCGAUCGGCUAAUUUCAGUCUCAUCCGUGUCUCUCAUCGGGAUUCUGAGGAAACACUGGCCACGCGCGUGUCCGGCAGGGAAACAUGAACACUUGUGCUGUUGUGUUGGUGUGUGUCCUGAUAUUUCACGGAUCCAGCGGUGUGUUUCUUGACAAAGAUGACGCCAGUUCGGUUCUGCAGCGCGUCAGGCGCGCGAACUCCUUCCUUGAGGAGAUGAAGGGCGGGAAUCUCGAGCGCGAGUGCAUCGAAGAAAUCUGCGACUACGAGGAGGCGCGCGAGGUGUUCGAGGACGACACGAAGACGAAACUGUUUUGGUUGAGUUACUCCGCGAAGGAGCCCUGCUUGACCAAUCCAUGCAAGAACAACGGCACAUGCGUUUAUCUGGCCAACACCUACUACUGCCAGUGUCUGGAGGGGUUUGAGGGCAAAUACUGUGAGAAGGGGUUUGAGGAGACGCUGAAGUGUCAGUAUGUGAACGGAGGCUGUGAGCAGUUCUGCGACGCUUCCGGACCGAGACGCACGUGCAGCUGUGCCGCGGGAUACGCACUCGGAGCUGAUAGGACGUCUUGUGUUGCUCAAGUUGAAUAUCCAUGUGGAAAGGUUCCGCUUCAGAACAACACAGUUCAUUCUCAAAAACAGACCGUGGGUGGAAUUCACUGUCCCAGAGGUCACUGUCCUUGGCAGGCGCUGAUCGAUUAUAACGGUGAGAGUCUGUGUGGAGGGGCUCUUCUGGAUGACAGCUGGGUCCUAACAGCUGCUCACUGCGUUCAUCAGAAGGACAUGAAGCGUUUGAAGGUUAUCACAGGUGAUCAUGACCUGGAUGUGAUGGACGGCCCGGAGGAGGCGUAUGAUGUUGCUGGUGUGGUUAUCCAUGAGAACUAUGACCCCAUGUCACUGGAUAGUGACCUGGCCCUCCUGAAGCUUCAUGAAAAACUCAAGCGCUCUGUGUACACUGUGCCUGUUUGUUUGCCCACGGCCCAGCUGGCACAGAUCGAGCUCGCUGCCGUCCGCUUCCACACGCUCAGCGGAUGGGGCAAGCGAACCUCGGGGGACAACAUCCAUCCGUCAAAAGGCCUGAAAUUCCCGUCGUCCGCCACUCUGCAGCGGCUGGCCGUCCCUCUGUUGCCCACAGCGCAGUGUGUGUCGAGCAGUGGCGUCAACAUCACUGCCAACAUGUUCUGUGCGGGUUACGUCGAGGGCGGUCACGAGUCCUGCAGAGGACAUGACGGAAGUCCGCUCGUCACCCGCUACGAGGGAACGUCUUUCCUGACGGGCGUCGUGUCGUGGGGUAAAGGCUGCGAUCAGCCGGGGUACUACGGGAUUUACACCAAAGUGGCUAACUUCUUAAAAUGGAUUGAAAUUGUUAUGAAAACUGAGGGGCUGAAUAAUAUCAGUGGAUCUCCUGUUGAACAGUCCACUCACAAUUAAUGUCUUUACCAGAGGUUAUACACUCUUGACAAUAAAGGUUUCACAAGAAUUGAUCACUGAAAGGUUCUUAGGGAACCAAAAAUGGUUGUUCUACGGCAGGGGUUUUCAAAGUCGAAGACAGUGGUCCUCAAUUUUUAGACAAUGUACACAAUGGUGCCUUCCCACCCACCAAUUUUUACUAAUUUUCAAUAGCGAUCAGAGUGCGCGUUAAUAACAGACUCUCAUCUCAUGUGCCUAAUUACAUUCGUCAUCCAUCAAAACUUUACUAGCGCGACAAUGGUUUGCUUUAUCCAACCGAGAGAUGUAGUUUGUAUAUACUUAUGUUCAUGCAGCGGUACACUAUUCCCUCCGCCAUCUCUGAUGAAAUCGGCCAGGUUUUGUCUGCAUUAGGGAUGUUUUGUACUGACUGUUUGAAUGUAUUCGCUUACUGGAUCCUUGGACUGAAAACUCUCCAGGAGGAUCUGAUCGAAAACAGAGUAUUGAUUCUGCUAUAAUGUAUUGAUUGAGGGGCUGUUUACGCGACACCAUUUUCAACUAAAAAUGGAAAACUUUUUAUGUGUUUUGGCCGUUCAUUUACAUGACAACAGCAUUUUGGGGGCCUGAAAAUGCAAACUUUCAAAGUGCAAGUUUUUGAAAACAAUACUGUUAUCAUCUCUGUGUAAACAACAAAAAAAUGUGGAUCUGUGAAAACGGUGACAGCAUGCACAUGCGUAUUUUACGUUUAGUCUAUAGGCAUGGGCGUUUGGCUCGAGUGCGUAUGUGCGCAGGCGCGUAGUCUUUCUUUCCAGAGUGACAUCGGCAACUACUGGCCUGACAUACAUAAUACAGCGUUUUCACAGAUCCGUGUUAACGGGAUUGUUUUGACAGCGUUGUCUAUACAAAGGAAAAAAAACUCUGUUUUUUUGACAUUGUUGUCGUGUCACGUACCCUCAAAUUAUUAAUCAUUAAUAAAUGUUUUUUAACCACGCUGCAUGCCUCACUCUUUGAAAAUCCCUGUUAUAUGUUCUAACCCCUUUUUGGAAUCUUUAUUUUUAAGCGUGUAUGGAUGUUAAAGCUUCGUCUACAAAACAUCAAUGCCAGUAAAAAAAAAAACUUUAUUUUUAAGAGUGCAUGAUGAGCUUUGAAAUAAAAGUCAUUCUGAGUGUG